AUGAUGUAUCUAUCCCGAGUCUCACUUUUGUUCUUAAAUAUAUGUAUUUUUGUUUGUGGAGAAGCUGAGCAAGGCAACUAUGUGCAUCUUUCUAAGGAUUCUCCAGUAGUUAACACUGUAGAAGAUGUAUCUAAUGCAAAAGAUCAAAGUAAAAGUAAUGACACUAUUUAUAAAGAAGACUGUGAGGAUUCAUGUGAUGUUAUUACUAAAAUUACAAGAGAAGAAAAACACUUCAUGUGUAGAAAUUUGCAAAAUUCCAUUGUUUCCUACACACGAAGUACCAAAAAAUUAUUAAGAAAUAUGAUGGAUGAACAGCAAGCAUCUUUGGAUUAUUUAUCUAAUCAGGUUAAUGAGCUCAUGAAUCGAGUUCUCCUUUUGACCACAGAGGUUUUCAGGAAACAGCUGGAUCCUUUUCCUCUCAGACCAGUUCAAUCGCAUGGUUUAGAUUGCAGUGACAUUAAAGAUACCAUUGGCUCUGUCACCAGAACACCAAGUGGUUUAUAUAUAAUCUACCCGGAAGGAUCUAGUUACCCAUUUGAGGUUAUGUGUGAUAUGGAUUUCAGAGGAGGUGGAUGGACUGUGAUACAGAAAAGGAUUGAUGGAGUAAUUGAUUUCCAAAGGUUGUGGUGUGACUAUCUGGAUGGAUUUGGCGACCUUUUAGGAGAAUUUUGGCUAGGACUAAAAAAGAUUUUUUAUAUAGUAAAUCAGAAAAAUACCAGCUUUAUGCUGCAUGUGGCCUUGGAAUCUGAAGAUGACACCUUCGCUUAUGCGUCGUAUGAUAAUUUUUGGUUAGAGGAUGAAACAAGAUUUUUUAAAAUGCACAUAGGACGGUAUUCAGGAAAUGCUGGUGAUGCAUUCCGGGGCCUCAGAAAAGAAGAUAAUCAAAAUGCAAUGCCUUUCAGCACAUCAGAUGUUGACAAUGAUGGGUGUCGCCCAGCAUGCCUGGUCGAUGGUCAGUCUGUGAAGAGCUGCAGUCGCCUCAAUAACAGCACUGGCUGGUGGUUCAGCCAGUGCGGCUUGGCAAAUCUAAAUGGCAUCCAUUCUUUCCCGGGAAAAUUGCUUGCAACUGGAAUCCAGUGGGGCACGUGGAUCAGAAACAGCUUACCUGUCAAGAUUAAAUCUGUUUCAAUGAAAAUUAGAAGAACAUACAACCCAUAUUUUAAGUAA